AUGCCCCUGGAGAGUCGUUUUAUGACUGUGAAGAAAUGCCCAUCAGGAACGAAUUCUACCUUUUCAGAUAGCUAUCAUCUGAAACUGGGUAUUUGCAGAAAAUGUCCUGCAGGUGGCUGGUAUCAAGACGAAGCAGGACGGAAAGAUUGCAAGAAAUGUGUCAAUGGUACAUACGUAGAGCCACACAAAGCACCAGGUCAGACUCCUUUAGAUUGCACGGUAUGUCCGACUGGUACCAACACGAAGGUGCAUGCGGCUUUCCGGGCCUGUCCGUGUCUCGACGGCUUCUACAGACUCGACAGAUUCGGUCCGUGUAUAGCAUGUAAUGCUACCUCAGAGGGGAUCCUUUGUCGAAACGACUCUGCCAUCGUCAAGAAUGGCUACUGGUGGUCGUGGGACCACUCCAACUCUACAAACAAGCAAGAGCAAUAUGCUAAAUUUAUUGAAGAAAUAAAAUUUUACAAUGAUUCCUACAGCAAUGAAUCUGUAAGUUUUCGAGGAGAUUUACCGAUCGUUUAUCGGUGUCCGUUGGAAAAGAGUUGCAAAGGAGGCAUCACGGAUGGAGAUAUGUGCUCGGAGGGAUAUGCUGGUCCGCUGUGUUCCCUAUGCGACAACGGGUACUAUUAUUGGUCUAGUGAGUGCGUGAGAUGUCCGCCUAUCUGGCGCAGUGUUGUACAACUGGUUUGCGUCGUGUUGUUGCUUAUUCUCUUUAUGUUCGUUCUUUAUAAAUUAGAGAAGCUGGCGAUGAAGGGGAGGCGAAACGCUGCGACGGUUGUCGAUCAGAUGGCCGCCAAAGUGAAGAUAAUUGUAGGAUUCGUUCAAGUGAUGGCGGGCGUCGUCUCGGCGUUGAGAUACAUACCGUGGCCUUCACUGCUGCUCGUUGCUGGCUCGUGGUUGAAGAGCAUCGAGUUGAACGUCCUAGAAAUGGCGAGCCCUUCGUGUAUUAGCUCUCGUCUGAGACUGAAUGCUUUGCAAAAGACCGUCGUCAAUCUAGCUGUACAAUUCGUGCUUCUUCUAUUAGUGUUCGUAUACUACUCGAUGCGGUACCGUCUUGUACCGUGUUGUUGGCCACGUUUACGAUGUGAUGACCGCACACGCUCGCUAGCUCGAAAAUCUUGCAUGAGAAACAGCUGGUGGAUUUUGUUUCUUUGUUAUCCAUCUGCGAGCGCUCAGAUCAUGGCCACUAUUCCAUACAAAGUGUGGACAUGCCAUCAGAUAUGUCAUUACCGCGGUCAGCAGGAUUGCCCUUGGUACUUAAAAGUCGACAUGAGUAUACAAUGUGAUUACUCUGCUGGUGAACAUAAAGUUCUUUAUGUGAUUUGCUGGUCUAUGUCUGUGUACGUACUUGUUCUACCGUUGCUGCUGUUGUGGGGUCUCUUUAGAAGGCAUCGCAUGGCAAAGGACCAUCAAGUUUGUAUCACAAAUGAUGACGAUUUUGUUUCUCUUCGUGACAGACGCAGUAGUAGUAAAGACGAUUUGCUCAAGUCACUCGACUUUCUGGAUGAAAAUUACGAGAGAAAGUUUUGGUUUGGGAAUCACUGGAGAUUGCUAGAAAAUUCUUACUGA